ACGCAGCCCAAAGCGAAGCCAUUGUUGUGUUUUGUGUUGUGUUGUAUCAUCUUCUUUCUCUUCCACCCCUUCAUUGAUUCACACCAAAAGCUUGAAACUUUGAUUGAUGGGGUACCUCAGUUUCUCUUGCAGAGCUGAAUCCGCAGUUUCAACCUCCAAUUCUCUCACACCAUCACCUUCUUCUUCGUCUUCUUCCACCACCACCACCUCAAAGAAACAGAACAACAAAGAAAAAGAAAAACCCAUCAAGAUCCAACACUUCCAUUACAGUGACCUUGAAGCUGCCACCAAUGGCUUCUCAGAGCGCAAGCUUCUCGGCAAAGGAAGCCAUGGUUAUGUCUAUAAAGCUGUUGUACGUGGCCGUCCUGUGGCAGUGAAAAGACCAUCAAGACCCCAUCAUCCUAAUUUACCUCCAAAACCAUCGCCAAUGGUUUCUUCUUCUUCUUCCUCUGCAUCUGCACCAGAGUUCAUCAUCAGCAACAACGAGGUUGACAACGAGAUCGAUAUCUUGUCCAAAAUCCAGAGCCCGAGGCUGGUGAACCUGGUUGGCUUCACAAAUGAUUCACAGGACAGGCUUCUGGUUGUUGAGUUCAUGAGCAAUGGAACACUCUAUGAUGUUCUUCAUUCUUCUUCUUCUAAUAAUAACAAUAACAACAAGCUUCCGAAUUGGGGAAGAAGGGUUCGUUUGGCAUUGCAAACUGCAAAGGCAAUUGAUACCCUUCAUUCAUCAACACCACCUGUGAUCCACAGAGAUAUUAAAUCAGCAAAUGUUCUGAUUGAUAGAAACUUCAAUGCAAGGUUAGGUGAUUUUGGUUUGGCUCUUAUGUGCCAUGUUGAUGAUUAUAGACUAAGGUCAACUCCACCAGCUGGCACAAUGGGGUACCUUGAUCCUUGUUAUGUUACUCCUGAUAAUUUGAGCACUAAAAAUGAUGUCUUUAGUUUUGGGAUUUUGUUGCUUGAGAUUAUUAGUGGAAGGAAAGCCAUUGAUGUAACAUAUUCACCACCUUCUAUUGUGGAUUGGGCCAUUCCAUUGAUAAAGAAAGGGAAGCUUAUGAGUGUUUAUGAUCCAAGGAUUGCUCCUCCUAAGGAUCCUAUUGUGAGGAAGCAAUUGGCUUUGAUUGCUGCAAAGUGUGUUAGGAAUUGUAGGGAGAGAAGGCCUUCCAUGAGUGAGAUUGUGAAUUGGCUCAAUGGUUUGUGUAAAUUGGUUCCUCUUCAUUCAUGGAAUGGUUUCAAUAAUCCUUGCAUGAUGGUUGAGACUAUGGGAAGGCCAGUUGAAGCAGCAACAAGAAAUGAUUCUAAUAAUAAUAAUGAGAAAGACAAAAUGAGUUCAAGAUUGGAACUUGAUUUCUUGGAUGAGAGGUUGUCUAAAUCUGCAAUGAGGUAUUCAAGGAGGGUCUAUUCUGAUUUGGGAUUUAGUAGUAACUUGAUGGAUCUUAUGGCUACAACUGAGGAGCCUGAGUUUCUAAGAGAUGCUGAUGGUAAUGGUAAUGGUAAUGGUGCUUUGGAGCAUAGUUCAAGUUGUAAAUCUGCUGAACAAGUUUCUUCUUCAAGCUCAAGGUUUGGAAGUGGAAGGUAUUUCACAAAAGGAAGAAACUUUUAUAAGCCUUGUGGUACUUAUAAGGAUGUAUUGGAUUUGAGUAAAGGUCAAAUUGUUGUUGGUAAUGGUGGUGAUGAUAAUGGUGCUUCUUGUUCUAAUUUGAAUUCUCUUGCUGCUGAGGCUGUUUAGUUAUGAUUGGUUGGAGUGAGAGAUGCUUAGGAUUUGUAAGUUUCUUUCUUGAUUGAAAGAUCAUGUAUGUAGAUUUUGUUGUUAGUUUUCAUUAUUUUAUUUUUGUGGAUUUCAGAAAUGAUCCCUCUUCAUGUUGUAAUGUAAUUUGGAUUGAAGGGCACAUUGCUGAUGUCCCCUUGAAGCUUUUCAAUAAUCUUUCUGUUGCCAAA